ACAGAGAAGCUUAUCACGCUUCUCAGAGCUGUCCCUGACUGGGCGGACGAGAUUAAAGAGCGUGGGAUGCAGCAGAAACGCUCACUCUACACGCACGAGAAAUGGGUCGAACACAGGAGCUCUCUCCGCCAUGUGCGUCAUCUCCUCUCGAGCUUCUCUUCACGCGUUAUACUCUCUCUGAUUCCUCCUGUUUUCUUCUUCACGAGCGUCGCGGUUGUGAUCGCCAGUUACAACACCGCCGUGGCUUUGGAUUGGCUUCCUGGGAUUUUCCCGAUUCUUAGAUCCUCGUCGUUGCCGUAUCAGCUCACUGCUCCGGCUUUGGCUCUUCUUCUUGUGUUUCGUACGGAGGCUUCGUAUUCGAGGUAUGAAGAAGGAAGGAAAGCUUGGGUUGGGAUCAUUGCUGGAACUAAUGAUUUAGCUAGGCAAGUGAUUUGUUCCGUUGAUAGCUCCGGUGAUGAAUUGAUUAUCAAAGAUUUGCUUCUUCGUUACGUUGCUGCUUUCCCUGUGGCUCUUAAGUGUCAUGUGAUUUAUGGUUCAGAUAUCGCAAGAGAUCUCCGGAACUUGAUAGAAGCAGAUGACUUAUCUCUGAUUCUUCAAUCAAAGCAUCGUCCACGUUGUGUAAUCGAGUUCAUUUCUCAGAGCAUUCAGUUGCUAAAACUAGACGAUUCAAAGAGAGAUUUGUUGGAAUCAAAGAUGCUUCAUUUACAUGAAGGCAUUGGAGUUUGUGAACAGCUCAUGGGCAUUCCGAUCCCUCUCUCUUACACACGCUUAACCUCGAGGUUUUUAGUCUUUUGGCAUCUAACUCUCCCAAUCAUUCUCUGGGAUGAAUGCCAUUGGAUUGUUGUUCCUGCUACUUUCAUUAGUGCUGCAUCUCUGUUUUGCAUAGAAGAAGUCGGUGUUCUUAUAGAAGAGCCAUUUCCUAUGUUGGCCUUAGAUGAGCUUUGCGAUCUUGUGCAUAGUAACAUCCAAGAAGCUGCUAAAUCUGAGAAAGUCAUACGUAACCGCAUCAUUGCAAAGAUAAGGCUCCGUGAAUUCAAGCACUCGUCAAAUGGUCGGCAUAGAUCUUGAUUUCAUGCUUAGGUUAGUUUGAUAUUUUACAUAUUGUAUAGAACCACCUUAUACCAGUUAUAGGGAUACUUUUUACCUUUACGUUUGUAUAUCUUCCUUCUGUAUAUGUUUAUGAUGUAUAUUAUACAAGUCAUAAGUCAGCCAUUACAUAAGUUAUAGCUUGGGUGAAGAAACGCAGUUAUACCA